AUGCCUCGACCCGGUCGUGGAUUGAGUUUCACAUACAACAGCAUCAAGCUCGAACACCAAGCAAUCCAGACUCGCCGGGCAGUGAGUCGAGUAAGGGGAAACUACCACCUGUUCCUCCGAAACCAGCCCACCAAACCACAAUUCAAACAGGCAGAUCUUGUACCAAAGCGAAUGUGGUCAGUCCCCAAGAUGACGCACAUGGAGUAG